UCUGCCCUGCUCAGCUUCACCGAGGACGACACAACACUGGGCUCCUCUGUUCCCGAGAGAGAGAGAGAGGGAGAAAAACUGACCAGGAUGGCCAGGAUGAUGUGCGGCCGCGCCGGCGAGCCGGCGGUGCGCAAGGGUCCGUGGACGCUGGAGGAGGACCUCAUCCUCGUCGGAUACAUCUCCCACCACGGGGAAGGCUCCUGGGACAACCUCGCACGCUCUGCUGGUCUGAACCGGAACGGGAAGAGCUGCAGGCUGCGGUGGCUCAACUACCUCAGGCCGGGGCUGCGGCGCGGCAGCAUCUCGCCGGAGGAGGACAUGGUCAUCCGGGAGCUCCACUCGAGGCUGGGGAACAAGUGGGCCGAGAUCGCCAAGCACCUCCCCGGCCGGACCGACAACGAGGUCAAGAACUACUGGAGGACCAAGGUACACAAGAAGGCGCCCGGGCACCAGAAGCAGCUUCCAGCCACGAGCGAGGCGACAUCGUCCGUGUCGGCGUCGACGAGCCACGCCAGCUCCACCGUCGGCGACGAGUACACGCAGACGAGCUUCCCUUACCCCGACCUGAGCUGGGUCGCCGCCGACCACCACGAAACGGUCGAUGUGGGCGCGUCGGCGACGCGCUUCUUCCCGUCUGAGUUCGGCGGUAACUUUUGGAACGUCCAAGACAAUUUUUGGGAGACUCUCCCGCUUUCAGACCCAGUGUACGAAGCACUCUAGACUCGUCCUCUUUAUUCUGCACUUCGCUUGGAUGCAUGCUACUAGUACUACUACGUUUAUUUGACGUAGAAACGGCACUACGCGGACUUGAUCAAUUAUGCAUGGUGGCAGUAGGGUAUUUACAAGAAGUUGUGCUGUAAACUGGUCGAUGAACCACGGUUUGUUCCGAUGAGUGAGCAGGUGCACGUGCUAGCAAAUGCAUGUGCACUUUUAAUUUCGGACAAGCACGAUCAGCGGUUUGUAACGUGCUCUCAAGCCAGAAAUUUGGCGACUUCCUCGUCGCACCCUCGUG